UUCAGUGAUCAUUCCACUGCUCUGUUUUGUCUUACCACGCUGUGUAGAGCAGAUCGAGAACGAAGAUUACUUUUACGGCAGUCUAGUCUCUGGGGGAGAAGAAUAGUUCCUUCACUGGGGUGUCGUCGUGUACACUUAUGCUGAAGGGAGGUCCUUUCUCCGCAGAGGUGCUUUCACAUAACACUAAAGCACACAAUGGAGGAAAGACAAGAUUUCUCUCUUUGUGGUAAAGCGGCUGUGACUGAAGCUAAUCUGAGAGACGAGUACUACUGGAAGCUAAUAGCGGACUUCAUUGGACCUCAGACGGGAGAAGGACUAGAGCUGGAAAAGGGACCAUGCAAAAACCGACUUUUGAUUCAAGUGGGACUUAUGAGAGAGGACAAUAACUUUCCAUGGAUUGCUAUUGUCCACUGGCUGACCAAAAUCUUCCCCAGUCAUCAAACGGCGGACUUUCGCCGUUUGAUUGAACGAGGCAUCGCGACGACUUUGAGUCUGGAAAGUGAAGCAAGCCUGACAUUCCUGGACUGCGAUGUCAACUUUAACUUCGUCGGCCCGAUAUGUGACAGCAUAGGAGUUGAACGGCAACAUCUAAUGGAAAUGAGGGACUUUUCAGAGAGAGCGCAGUCAAUCGAAGUCACAAAUGGGCUGAUUCUCGAGUUGAGCAAUUUUGUCACCAGAGAGAAAAUCUCCCCAAUUAUUUUAGUCCCUUGGCUUCGAAACUUCAACCCUGAGUUCUGUAAGAAAGGGGAUAUUCAAAAAGCGUAUAAAGUCCUUAAGGCCAAGAUUAAAAAGUUAAAAAUGCACUACCGCAAUUCUGAGACGAGGAGUCACAGGAGGAACGCGGCGAUGGAAAACCUGCUUCAGAGCCCGUUUGAACUGGUGCGGAAAAAGGAGACGCGAUAUCUUGUAAAGAAACGCACAAAGAGAGAGGAAAUCAUACAUUACGAAAAGGUUACCGUGAAGGAGGAAUACGAGAGCUGUGAAAUCAUGCACGAAGAAGAGCCCGAGGUGAGCAGAGAAGGUGUGAGGAAAGCGCCACCGCGAGACGCCGACUCCGGACGCGACGAGAGCGCCGAGGAUUCGGAUGAAUCCGACAGCGGCGAAGACCCCUCCGACGAGGAGCCCGAGCCGCCGACCCUGCUUGACAUUGCCAUGGUGUCUGUCCAAAAGCUGUCCAGCAUGUACGGAGGGAGGAAUGACGCGUGCAAGCGAGUCGGCUUGGAUCUCCUCAAAAAUCAGUACGCUCUGACGUGCAAGGAGCAUCCGGCCAUGGCCGAGUUUGGGAAGACACUCGACGCGCUGUGCGCGGACCCGCCGCUCGCUUAUCCCGUGUUUUUUCUGCACCACAACGCCAAUUUUCUAGUUGAAAUGCACGACGCCGUGGAGCAGCAGAUCAUGGGCUUCGAGAAUGAGAUCGUCCUGUCGACGGGAGAAAAACUUGGCCGCGACAAGCUUCCCAAAUUCGCGCGCUUCGUCAAUUUGUCCGAAAGUGCCACGUCGCGCUACAUCCGCAUGGCCUGCGACGUCCUGAGCCCGAGCGUCCCCGGCAAGCAGAACUACAAGAAACACUGGGUCGCCUUCUGCGAGGAGAAGAAAAAUCCCUCCAGACUUUCAGUAAAUGGGUCCAACAAACUCACCAACUACUUCCGGGCCGCGGCGGGCCUCAUCCACCAUCACAGGGAGAUGGCGCUCUUCUUCUCUGACUUGCUGUCCAUGAACAACGACAAGUGCCCAAACGUUAUCCUGGAGUGUGUCGCUGCCGACGCCAAUGACUCUGUGAUACAGAGCCUCGUGUGUGUCCUGGCCAUCGUCUACUGCAAAAUACUCGGCCCGUACUGGCAGCUCCUGAAAAGCGGCGCCGAGUACUCGCUCUUCAGCCGGUACGUGCUCGGCCUCUACCAGAGGUUUCUCGAUUGGUCCAAAGACCCCGCGACACUGCUGGAACCUGAAGGGGCCACAAAUGUCUUUCUGCAGUUCCCGUCGGAGGAGGAGUCCUUUGAAGGGGUGUUUCUCUUUUGCGGCCAGUGGCGCACCAACAGGGAGCUGAUCAGGGCUUGCUUGAAGAGGACCGUAAAGGCGAUUGCCGCGGUCACCGAGGAACACCUCAAGGAUUUCCUGCCAGGGGGCCCGUUUUCUAACACCCCGUCCCCAGAUGUGAGCGCACAGCUGUCGAGUUGCACGUUCUCCGUCUUGAUGGCGGAGUAUCCCUCCAAAGAGGCUCCCAAGAAGAAAAAAGCCGCCAAGCGCCCCGCGCACAAGCGGGAAGACGACGACGGCAGCUCCGGCUCCUCUGGCGGCAGCUCCGAUGACCCCUCCCCUUGGCCGAGGAAGAAGACGGCCCGAGUUGUCGGGAAGGAAGCUCUUAGUCCGCAGAUGAAGAAAAGGGUAAACGCGGAAAAGUCGCCAAAGGUACGCGAAGAGCGCGAGGAGAUCAUGGAUCGGGACUACAUAAUAGCCAUGGUGAGCAGAAACGGGGGGCCAUGCAAGUCACAGCAAGACGUGGACAAAAUGAUGCUGCGCUUUGACGGGAAAUCCCGAGCCGCAAAACGGGAGGCGGUCCGUUGUGAGAUCAUGUACCAGAAGAUUGUCCUGAACAACACGGACCGGAACUUGUACGGCACCUUCAGCAACGCCACGCAAAUGGUGAUGAAGCUGAAGCUGGCUCUUCCACGGGUCAAACCCGGGUACUCCCUCGUCUGGGCGCCCAAAAAGACGAAAACAAAACUCGUGCCCCAACAUGCAACGGAUGCUGCAGCCAAUUCGAGUGAAAACAGCGCAACGUGACAUUUUCACUACAUCUACAAAAGAAAAAAAAUACACACAUCACCCUCAAACCUUCCACACAACUAUCAUGUAAUAUUCUCCAGAUACCUGAUGCUGCUCUAAUAUGUGGUGAAUGCUAACUUGUUAAUGCCAAUAAUGGAAAUUAUGAGAUUUUGUUUUGUUAUGCUGUAUAUUUUGGUCCUGACUGGUAAAAAAAACAAAAAACAAUGCUUUUAAAGAAAUUUUUGUUGCAGUGAAAGAAUAUUUUAUUUGUACUCAAGGUGAAUUAAUAAC